GAUUUACGAGCGCUUUCCGUCACUAGCGCCUAGACACGCGGCUGAACCCUUGUUCGAGUACCCACUUGCGCUGAGAUAUGUUAUCACUCCUUCUGUUGAUUAACACAUUCAUAUUUUACACAUGUAUAACCUCUGACCACUUAUGCCAACUUCCACUGUAGGUGGAAGGCACCACUUAGCCAUGAUCAUGUGCCGCGAUCGUAGAGCCGCAUCACACGAUACGAGUUGGAUGGGAUGAUUGUCCAGCAGUUUCGAUGGAGGUCAUAUGUUGAUUUACCUGCGGAGCUUCACCCGGAGCCCAGUAUGUACUUGCGCUGGACGGCUCCCGCCCCCAUGAUGUUCAUGUCCUACGUUGAGUGGUGCUACACAGACAGGAUCACGAGGUAGUUCGGGUUUAUGCAGGGCGUACCAUUUUCCUCUCCCUGCCAAAAUCAUCAGCGGCUACACGACCACUACAACGAGUCCGUUGAUUGGAUGUACGCGAGGCAGCCAUUCGUUGAUCUUUGGGAUACGCGUAUGGAGCGUGCCCUCGCAUCUCCUCCACUAAUGCAUGGCGAAGGUUGCAUUGCCUCAUACCUACCAUGGUUCCACAGGGUCACACAUCGAUACAUUAUUAACCCCGACUACUGGCCAAAGGAGGGUGCCCUCCAGGGAACACAGCUUUCCACACAGGAACUGGCAAACCAUAUUUUACAGGAUCCGAUUUCUCGUGCACAGCGUCGACCUAGGGAAUGGGCCCCUACCAAACGUAGGGGAUGGCCACCAGUCACACCGGUAGUGCCCGAAGAGGGCACUUACUACACCCAUGUAGGUAGUUCACACCUUGCAAGCAUCUCACAUUCUGUAGGUACUGAGGGAGCAGGUACUUCUGAGACUGGUGGAUGGUCUCCAUUCAUUCAGUCUUCUACAUAUGAGGCAAAUACUUCUGAGGGGGGUGCAUGGCCCCAGUGGGUUAACCUCCCUACAUAUGCAGCAGCGGGUACUUCUGAGGCUGGUUAUACGGUUAGAUUAGGGGAUGACGAGGCACGGGAUGAUGAGGGUCCGUCACAGGAUCACUUGGCAAAGUCAUAUGUAUAUCGUCCUGACAUGUCGUUCUUAGAGGACCAGCACCACACACCUCCUCCAUUCACCCAGGUGCCAUCCUUUGGGAGCCCUACUUACAGAUUCGGGAGUCCAGCUGUCACGUUCACACCGAUGAUGUCCACCACCGGAGAGAAUUUUCCACACCUUUACCCGCUUUUGCUUCAUAUGCAGGGUAUAGUAGCCCCUGGGCGUACGCAACUGUGCGUCCACCGAGAGCAGCAGCACAUCCGUCGGAGGUUGAGGAGGUGUCCGAGCCUGAGGAGCCAUCUGAGCAUGAGCAGAGACUGCAGCCACCUAGAGCAGCGAAGGGGAAGGGUCGAAGAUGUCAUACUGGAAGCCACUUCUUCGGGCAUAAGAAGAAGUAGGCUUUUCCUCAUAUGUACUUUGUUUAUGUUUAUGUACUUUUAUUAUGCAUUUUGUUUAUCUUUAUGUACUUUUAUUCGGGUAGAACGGUUUAUGUACUUUGAUUAUGUUUAUGUAUUAUGUACUUUGUUCUCUCAUAAUGUUGUAUAA